UGUUUUGUAUCAUGUGAGCAUUGCUUUUCCGAGACCAAAAAUUCUGGAGCUCUAUGUUGUAGAAUUUUUGAUGGUAGUGCUGGAGCUCUAUCUUUGACCAAGACCCUUCUCAGCAUUCUUGUUGAACACCACGACCCUGAUUAUUGACUGGUUGCACAAAUAGGCUACUACUUUGGUGGUGGGGAGGCUUUUGCAUUGCCAGUGACUUGUUCUCAGGGGCCCUCUUUCUAAUAAUAAUCAUGGUGGUCAGAUAAAAUACUCUUAAUGAUAAGGUCUCCUUAAAAGCAAUGGCCACAAAACUGUUUGGUGUGGAUCGCACGGUACAUUCACAUUGCUUUCACAAACCCUCUGCCUGAUAUCACUCUACUGUACAGUUUAAAAAUCCAGAAUGAUAACUUCAUCUACUGGCUCGUUGGCAGAAGUGGCAAGUCAGUGAUGAUGGAGUACAGUAGUUGGCUUAAUCCUCAUCAAAAGAAGAUAUCACAACUAAGGCACUACAUCUCAUGUAUGAAACCUUACUGCAAGACACCCAUUGGUAUGUUUUACCCACUGUAUUAAAUUAAAGCAACACUAAGUCGUUUUGUGAGUUUUAAAUAAUGUUUAGUUCCCGUGGUCCUGUACGACUGCACUGCCCACACUAAUAUGAGUUCAGAGCAGUGGACUCUGCCACUCGAUGUCUGUCUGCUACUCAGUGUUUGUUUUUCUGUGAGAAACACUUCCACCUCAAACCUGUUGGGGACUCGAGAUGAAAACUACUUUGUGUUGCUUUAACUCAGGGUUUGGAAACCUUUUUCACUCGAGGGGCAACUUCAAAUUUUAGAAAUUCAACCAAGGGCCGUUCAAAGAACACAGACCAGGAUUUCCCCAGGCUGCACUUUAGGCCCAUACUGAAGGCGUUCACCUGGACAACAGACCCAACCUUUACUAGGUUUCCUGAAAAUAUAACUUAAUUCUAUUGCAAAUGUAAUUUCUAACAUUUGUUUUACAAAACAUGUCAUAUGUCAAGUGAAACUGUUGGGGCUGGUUAAGAAGACUCCCUCAAGAGCCGCAAACGGCCCUCGAGACACAAGUUAACCAGCUUUGUGACUACACAAUGUGGUACUUUACUGAUCAUUCAUGAUCUAAGACACCUUUUAUUAUUUGCCUUAUUCAGACAUUUUAGAAUGGACUGAGCUACCAUAUAAUUGCUACUAGCUCUGCUUUUUGGCAAUAAAAUAUUGUAAGUCUUGAGACAGAUGUGAGACAGACCCCAGAUGCAGAUUUAUUUAUUUUCAUUUAGUUUAUUUAGAUUUAUUAUUAGUCUCAUUUUAUUUCUCACUACCACGCUAACCUGUUGUACGCUAGGGGCUGUUGUUGGCUUUGGAACCGCAAGGUUGUGGCGGUUAGUCACCUCGCUGGAUUCAUGUCCCGUCUUGCUGGGGCCAAUGAGCUCACUGGAUUCAUUUGGGUGGCUGUAUUCCUGACAAAACUACCUCAGCCAGUUUAUAAUCUCCCUUUGUUACACUACUCUUGUCAUUUUCCCCUUGCUGUUGGUUCACUGGGUGUGUGCUUGCUCACCUGCGCCUUAUUCAGCCUGAAUAAACAGCAUCCGGUUUGCUUCUGCUUAUGGUGGGUGUAAUGGGGACGGGAUAACCUGCUAGCUAAUACAAUAAUGCUGCAACCUGCUGGGGAGCUCAGUAUUGGUCACUCAAUGCAGGUCUAGGAGCUUGUCCAUUACAAAUGCAUACUCUUGUGGUAUUACCCAUCUGCACCCAUUCUGCAUCCACAGUAACGCACAGAGAGAGCCGUGGAAGAGAGACAGAAAAAAGCACACUAAACACACAGCGCAGCUAAAGACGCAGGAGUGUGAAGAAUCGCCACUCUUUUAGUCAUCAUCCCUCAGGCCGCCCGCGCGGGGUUUCCGGCGGGCACAAUCUCCGAAACCACUGGAGGAUACAUCUGUACGCAACAGGGAAUAUUAGAGCACCAUCUUGUCACUUUCUACGCAAGAAAAAAAAGUUAUCCAAUGUUACCUGGGCCGGACCAGCCAGAAGUCCUCUUUUCCCAUGUCUUUUUUCCACGUCUCCUCCUCCCUUUGCCAAAUGUCUGAUCAUUUUUUGGGACUUUCUCCGGGAUAUCCGCCCUUGUUUUGCACUUCAAUGGAGGCCAAUGGCUCUAUGCUUAGCAUGCGAAGUGAGGACCAGUCCUCUCACAUCCGCUACAGGAUGGAGGCCUCGUGCCUGGAGCUGGCCCUGGAGGGCGAGCGCCUCUGCAAGCUGGGCGACUACCACUCGGGGGUCUCCUUCUUCGAGGCGGCCAUCCAGGUGGGCACGGAGGACCUGCAGGUGCUGAGUGCUGUCUACAGCCAGCUGGGGAACGCCUACUUCCACCUGCACGACUUCGCCAAGGCCCUGGAGUUCCACCGCCACGACCUCACACUCACCAGGACCAUCGGGGACCAACUUGGGGAAGCCAAAGCCAGCGGGAACUUGGGGAACACAUUAAAGGCACUCGGUCGCUUUGAAGAAGCUAUUGUCUGCUGUCAAAGGCACUUGGACAUCGCCCAGGACCUCAACGAUAAGGUUGGGCAGGCGCGAGCACUUUAUAACUUUGGGAACGUGUACCAUGCCAAGGGCAAGAGUGUGUGCUGGAGUGGAGCUGAGCCCGGAGACUUUCCUGAAGAGGUCGUCACAGCACUUAAGAGAGCCGCCGAUUAUUACGAUGAGAACCUCGCCAUCGUACGGGAGCUCGGAGACAGAGCCGCACAGGGACGCACCUGCGGUAACCUGGGCAACACGCACUACCUGCUGGGGAACUUCCGACCUGCUGUAGCGUUCCAUGAACAGAGGCUGCUCAUAGCCAAGGAGUUUGGAGACCGGGCCGCCCAGAGACGAGCCUACUGUAACCUGGGCAACGCCUUCAUCUUCCUGGGGGAAUUUGAUGUGGCAGCAGAACACUACAAGAAGGCGCUACAGUUGGCUCGUCAGCUGAAGGACCGUGCGGUGGAGGCUCAGGCCUGCUACAGCCUGGGCAACACCUACACGCUCCUGCACGACUACGAGAGAGCCAUCGACUACCACCUCAAACACCUCAUCAUCGCACAAGACCUCAACGACAGGAUCGGGGAGGGUCGUGCCUGCUGGAGUUUAGGGAAUGCACACACCGCCCUGGGCAACCAUGACCAAGCCAUGCACUUUGCAGAGAAACAUCUAGAAAUAUGCAAAGAGACGGGUGACCGCAGUGGGGAGCUGACGGCGCGCAUGAACGUGUCCGACCUGCAGAUGGUGCUCGGCAUCAGCUACAGCACCAACAACUCCGUCCUGUCCGAGAACAAGGAGAUCGACUACAACCGCGCAGGGGCUCGACCGAGGAUGAGCCGACGCCACAGCAUGGAGAACCUGGAGCUGAUGAAGCUAACUCCAGACAAGAUCAACAUCAACGGCCAGAAGUGGAACAGUGACAUCCUAACGAAGCAGAGCAAGCCCAGCCUGGGCAAGUCCUCCUCCCGGCUCUUCUUUGUCAACCGCUUCCGGGGGAAGAAGCACAAGGGUGGCUCCACCAAAGUGCUGCAGGACAGCAGCAACACCCUGGACAACACCGCGCCUGGACCACAGAAGAGGGCAAGUGUGGACACGCUCGGGGACGAGAGCUUCUUUGACCUGCUAAGUCGUUUCCAGAGCAACCGCAUGGACGACCAGCGCUGUUCCAUCCAGGACCGCAAGAGCAGCGCAUCCGCCCCCUCCAGCCCCACCCGCACACAUCCCAGCGCCAUGAAAAAAUCCUUCUCGGAGGCGUCUCCUUGCCAGGAGCCCUUCUUCAGCCUGGUGGCGAGCACGCAGGGCCGUCGCCUUGACGACCAGCGAGCGGGUACGGGCGGAAGCCUGCCCGGGCUGAGGCUGUCGCAGCAGGGCAACCAGGCCAUGCUCAACCACCUCAUGGCCAGCACCGACAACAACGAGCCCGACGACCAGUUCUUCGACAUGCUGGUCAAGUGCCAGGGCUCACGUUUGGAUGACCAGCGGUGUGCGCCCCCUCCGCCCCCCAGCAAAGGCCCCACGGUGCCGGAUGAGGACUUCUUCAGCCUGAUCAUGCGCUCCCAGGCCAAGCGCAUGGACGAGCAACGCGUCACCCUGCCCGCCAGUGCCAGCUGCCACCAGCUGUAGGGACUCGGGACUGUUAGCCAGUGUGGGGGUGUAGGUGCGAUGAUGACGAUAGAUGAUUCCCUUACCAGGCCACGGAGCAGGCACGGCCCAGGGUGCAAUUUGUUUAGAAACCAGCAGGGGGGAGGUAUGUGUCUGUUUUAAGCAACAUCAUGGACUUGUAUAAAACCAUGAUUAAUCACACCCAGGGCACGGGUGUGGGGGAGAUUCAUUUGUGCCCAUCAGGCAUGGUACAACACUGCCCAACCACCACACAACCACAGACAAACGGACUGAUUAGAUUGAUCCAUGCCCUUGCCAAGUUCCACUGCCCCACUUUACAAACAGACUCUUAUGCUCAUAUUCUGCGUAUGCAUUGCUACCUACUGCUCCACUACAGAAACCGAGACAGUUUGUAUUCAGCAAGUGUGCAAUGAGACCCAAAACUAGAUUGGGGUGCACAAGCUGCUGACUGAGGAGGUAUAGGUCGGAUGAAUUUCAGAGCUACAAGAUUUCAGAGGAAGUUGAAGUGGAAAAUGUUAUGAAAAUGAAAUCUUGUCUUUUAAUGUUUUUUAUUUUGACGUCAAACUCAGGUCCCAUCUUUUGACUUUCAUUUCUGAACAGUCCUGUAUUGCAACAGUGUUCAGGAAACUGGUCAGUCAGUUUUCACUCGCUUAUUUUCAUAUUCACUGCCUAGUAUUUCACUCUUUACCCUAAGUGUAUCUUUAGAUACAUGACUGCAGUUUUUGUUUGUUUGUUUGUAUUUAUUUUUGUUAAUCUUGUUUUCAUCCACUUACUUUUGCGUGUAAAUUGUAUACUGCCACUCCUUUGCUCUUAUUGUUUUUAAUCCCCAACAUAUCUGUGUAGAUUUUAGACGGGUACUGUGCUCUGUAACUCUAUUUUUUUAAUUGUUUAUAUACUAUGUUUUAGCAGAGAGAAAAUUAUAUGAUGUAUUUGGUAAAAGAAUGGCCUCCAUCAUGUGUAGCACCUGAUAUCCUUUUGUAUGUAAUGUUUCGAAUCACAUUCAAUGGGGAAUAAAAACCUCAUUUGUGUACACAAGUGUUAUUAUUUUG